UGGGGAGAACCACCCAGGGGCCAGCCACCUGCAGCCCGGCGCAGGCUCCGUCAGGAGAGUCAAAGGGGCGGUGCGUCUUCCAAGUCCUACCGCAGCGCCACCCGCACAGCCGGAGCCCAGGACCCGGGCUUCGCGCCCCAUCGGGCACGUUUCCUCGCCCACCGCCCGGCUACCGGAAGUGCCUCGCGCCGAGCUCCACGCCCUACCGGCGGAGGGGAAGCACCGGCACCCGCGGGAAAACCUCCUUUCGCGAGACUCGGCUUGCGAAAACCUGGAGUGCACCAUGUGGCGCGUCUGGGCGGCCCUUCUCCUGCAGCCCACUUACCUGUCAGGCCGCACUGCCGUAAGUCCUGCCCCUGCACCCGCGUCCUCACGGCCUCCAGUUGGCCCUUCGCCUGGAAGCCCGGCACUCGGCCCUCCAUCUGUCUGCAAGAGGCUCCACCCCGCGCGCCGUGCAUGCACAGCCUUUCCUGUGAGCAGCGGAGGACCCUGGGAGCGCCGCGCAGCCGCCAGGGGGCGCCCGCUGAGGACGUCUAUGGCGAGCAGCUGGGAGUCCACCACAGGAACACCCCCAGUGUGCCUGAGCGAGGCCUGCGUCUCAGUGACCAGCUCCAUCUUGAACUCCAUGGACCCCACAGUGGACCCCUGCCAGGACUUCUUCAGCUAUGCCUGUGGGGGCUGCAUCAAGGCCAACCCCGUGCCUGAUGGCCACUCACACUGGGGGACCUUCAGCAACCUCUGGGAACACAAUCAAGCCAUCAUAAAGUACCUGCUGGAAAAUUCCACAGCCAGCUCGAGUGAGGCAGAAAGGAAGGCCCAAGUAUACUACCGCGCAUGUAUGAAUGAAACCAGGAUCGAGGAGCUCAGGGCCAAGCCCCUGAUGGAGCUGAUUGAGAAGCUCAGAGGCUGGAAUAUCACAAGUCCCUGGGCCAAGGACAACUUCCAGGACACCCUGCAGGUGGUCACUGCCCACUACCGAACCUCACCCUUCUUCUCUGUCUAUGUCAGUGCAGACUCUAAGAACUCCAAUAGCAAUGUGAUCCAGGUGGACCAGUCUGGCCUGGGCUUGCCCUCCAGAGAUUACUACCUGAACAAUACUGAAAACGAGAAGGUGCUGACCGAAUACCUGAACUACAUGGUCCAGCUGGGGAAGCUGCUGGGCCGGGGGGAUGAGGACGCCAUCUGGCCCUAGAUGCAGCAGAUCCUGGACUUUGAGACAGCGCUGGCCAAUAUCACCAUCCCCCAGGAGAAGCGUUGGGACGAGGAGCUCAUUUACCACAAAGUGACGGCCGCCAAGCUGCAGGUACCCUGUGCGCCAGCUACUGCAGGGGCAGGGCCACUGG